AUGCCCGUGUGCUAUCCAGAGAAGAACACUGGCAAGUGGCGGUUGUUCCUCAACUUCACAAAGCGGAAGGGAGACAAGGCGAAAAGGCAGCAGAGUUCAAGGUUUGCUUCUCGAGAGGCAGCGCUUGCCGGCGUCUUGGACUUCAGGACAGGCUGGGAGUACAGCCAUCGCGGCAAGCUCUACAAGCGCACGAUGAGAGAUCCAGUCCCAUCGUCAGCAGCUGUGGUGGCAGCGACUGCGCUUCCAGCAGGCAAGUCGCUUCACGCUAGAGUCGACGCUUUCCAGGCGCGAGAGGCGUUCGGUGGCCCGGGGCUGGAGCAAGAGGGAAGNCUCGACCCGAAAUCCCAAUUUCACACAGGAAAAUCGCGCAACAGCCUCGGCAAGCUAAACGCCGUGGAGGAAAGGAAUUUCAAGCGACAGCGGCUGGCAGGUUCGGACGCGACCCGCGCAGGCUUCACGCUAGAGUCGACGCUUUCCAGGCGCGAGAGACGUUCGGUGGCCCGGGGCUGGAGCAAGAGGGAAGGAAAGCUUCGACGGGACUUCGACAAGCGGGGCUCCUAUCUCGGCAACCGGAUCUACGAGCUGACAUCGCAGAUCGGUAGCAACGAGCAGCACAUUCGGCGUAUUGAGGAUGCUAUGGCGGAGCAAGACCUCGCGAGUCUUCUCGCCCCUCUCCCCCCCUCGCCCAUCGAAGGAAAUGCAGACGUGGACGCACGGGCGUGUACCGAGGGCGAGGACAACCAGUCCAAGGAGGAAGUGUCCGCCACCCAAGCAAACCGCUUGUGGUAUCAAGGGCACUCGGCGUUGACGGUGUUGAAGGAGGAGCGGAAGCGCGACCUGCGGCAACUGCAACUCACGCAGCAGGCGAAGAGCUUGUCCGAUGAGUCGUACACGACGAUCCCAGCGGUGAAGGCAGCAGAGGCCAAACGGUUUGAGGUGUUGAUUGAGGCCUCGCGUCGUCGACACGAGUCGUCGCUCUUGCGGAUCGCGGCGAGAGUAAACUCCGCUGGCUCACGGGUUUACGCGGCAUCGACAAUCCUGGGGUGGCUCAGGGACUUUCGGGGGCACGGUGGUUUCAAGCGAGAUUCAAGGGGGGUGCACGAGAGGGACUGGAUCAUGUCGGAAGAGGACCUCAAGGAUGAGCUCAUCAAGUGGAUGAGGAGACAGAAGCGCCUUACGGUCAAGGACGUCCAGAACUACAUCAACCAGUGGCUGUUCGCGAACGAGAUCGGGGAUUUAUCCAGACUCCUUUCGUACCAGGUGAACCUUCCCGUGUCCAUGGCAACAACCCACUCCUGGAUCAUCGCGCUGGGGUGCAAGAAGGACGUGGUGGUGUGCCGCGGCAAGUACAUCGACGUGAAGCGGAAGCUUGCCCUUCGGCAACCGUUGUGGGUGCGAGUUCAACGAGACACUCUGACGCCGGAGGAGCUUCAGCGGCUUGACGGCAUCAAAGGUCCGGCAAAGGAUUUCUGCGCAGAGGUUUACGAUUGCGUGGUAGAGGGGCGCGAGUGCAUCGAGUUCCACGUCGAUCUCCUGCGGGACAACGGCUCCGUCGAUCGAUUCGACGAUCUCCGUGCUGAACUUGGACCGGAAGGGGGGCACUUCAGCGUCCGCUUCGAAGAAGCUGCUGCUCUUCCAUGCGAGCAUUUUCACACCCCGGCCAAGUGCAAAUGCAACAGGAAGGUGCGCCACAUCGGACAGGACGAGAGUGUCUACAAGGCGUAUGCACGCGAGGGCAAGGAGUGGGUUGUCCAAGGGCGGGAGGAUAGAUUGCAUGUGGGGAACAUGAAUGUCAAGUACGGGGGGAAGCAAAAGGUGUUGCGGGAUACAGUCAUGACAGAGGGGUGUUUGGGACCGGAAGAGGCGAAGAUGUACCUCUCCAACGGUAAGUGGAGCACGGAGUUCACCGAGGGGGCAGAGGUCUACGACAUGAAGCUCAAGGUUGGCGACACACAGACCAGCACGUUUGCGGCAGGUUCUCCACCUCCCUUUUACGAGUGGGAUGCGCCGCGCAGAGGUGUGAAGGUCGCGCGCAAGGCUAAGCGCAAGCGCAAAGCGGGAGCGGGGGUUGGCGCAGGCGAUGAAGGGGCGGCUGAUGGGGCUGGAACAAAGCCUAGGGAUAAGAUUAAGGAAGGGUACGAAGGGAAGGCAAAGGGCUCCAAGCAGUACCUGUGGGAACGGGGAUGGUGGAAAGAGGGGAUGAAUGCUUCAGUGGGGAUCGCUGACGAGAAGAACAUCGAGAAAGUCUUGCAGGCACUGACGGAUUUUGAGAGGAUCGAGUACUCGUGGGGGUUUUCCAAGCAGAGGUUUCGGCGGAAGUACAACGACGAAGUCCCGAAGAACUUGCACGCCAACAUCGGAAAAUCGAUGUGCAGGGAAAAGCAUUUGGCGAUCGGUCAGGUUUAGCAUAGGUGUGGUUAUGUGCAAUAUAUCGUGCGGUGCUGCCGUAGAAACCUGCUUUUUUUCCGGUCGAGUUGAGACAUAUUUGUUCGAGUUAGUGCACGCGCAUUUUGGCAUCGUGAGCUUUUUAUUCAUGUUUCACAUCAUCACGCCCAGUGGGUACAACUCAUGUACGUCAUGGGCUGGUAGGCAGCGCCAGUGUGGUUUCUGCCAACUACACCGCUUUCGCACACGUCUCUACGGUCCCUAGACCCCUCAUUUUCCUAUAUAAAUGGUGUGCCCCUGCACCCAGGUUCUGAGGCCGGAACGAAAUUCUGGAUUUCCCGGGCGGGUUUUACGAAUCAGAACCUGAAAUUUUGAGACGGCAUCUGCAUGAGUACAACAAACAAAAGAAGCCACUGCGCCAUUUGGAUUUGUUUU